AUGUCUGGACGUGGAAAGAAACAAGCAGUGGCUGGCAACCCUGGAAGUGGAGCAAAGAAGAGCAAGUCGUCCAAGGCAGGUCUGCAGUUCCCUGUGGCCCGUGUCCAUGGACUCCUGAGGAGAGGGAAGUACGCAGACAGGAUUGGCUCUGCCACUGCCGUCUGCCUGGCUGCGGUGAUGGAGUACGUGACAGCAGAGGUGCUGGAGCUAGCGGGGAACGCUGCGCGUGACAGCAGGAAGGUGAAGAUCCUGCCCAGGCACAUUCAGCUGGCUGUGAGAAGUGAUGAUGAGCUGAACAAGCUCUUUGCCUGUGUGACCAUUCCUCAAGGCGGGGUUAUGCCAAAUAUCCUUUCUCAGCUCCUUCCAAAGAAAUCUAGUGGAAGUGUUGCUUCUUCUCAAGAAUAUAGGGGCAGCCAGUGA